AUGAGCUAUCUAUACGAGGCAUACUUCGACUGGUGGUUAGUAGGGAGAUAUAGUCAAGAGAUCCGACAGAUGCACGAGAAAUAUGGACCAAUAAUCAGGAUAAAUCCAGAUGAGCUGCACUGCAAUGACCCACGAUUCAGCGAUGAGAUUUACGCUGGCGGAAAUCGCAUUCGAGACAGGUGGCAGCACCAGCUGAAUACCGGCACUGGACCUGUGCUGCUCAGCGAGUUCUCGACUGCCCCGCACGAGUUACAUCGGAUGCGAAAGGGCGCGUUCGCCCAGUUCUUCUCUCGCCAGCAAGUAUUGAGUCUUGAGAACGAGGUGCAUGAUUUCACACAGCGCACUGUGGACAAGAUGCUGCGCUACGCGAAUAAAGAGCCGUUCGAUGUGAAAGAAGCAUUCAACUGUUUCACUGCGGACAGUGAGUAG